AUGAAUUCUACUCCACUAGAAUCCCUAGAUCUUAACUGCAGUGCACGCAAUAUCGGGGAUUAUUUUGAACGGUUUAAGGUUUGGUGGUUGACUCGUUCAAAGCCUGAUGAGCAAAAGAAAUCCGCUCUCUUCUCCAAUGCUGCCGGUAAAAAUGCUUACACACUAAUCAAGAACUUGGCACAUCCCUCUCCACCUGUUUCCGUACCGUACGAGGAUUUAAAUUACCUUCUUCUACAGCAUAUGGAGCCAACAAACUUUGAAGCCUCAGAGAGAGCCAAAUUUCAUUCACUGGUACGCAAUCCGAUUCAGGGCAUCCGUGAAUUCAUCUUGGAUUUCCUCACUCAAGCUGCAAAGUGUGAUUUUGGAGACUUACUGGACAUGUAG